UCUCUUUCGUGUUCAAUUGUUUUCAUUUUCCUGCACAAUGUCCCGCUUUUACCUUUUUCUCGGCUUUUGCACUGUCACCAUUGUAUUUUACAUUAACAAAGUAUACAUUUACGACCAGCUUGGAAAAUCAAGUAUUUGGAACACGUAUGGUGGAGGAGAAAUUCGAACAAUUUUCCGGGAUCCAACCAUUUACCUUCGCCAAAAUGUUCACACGCACAUUGGAGAUAUUAGUUUUCUAGAAUUCAGAGAAGAGUUGUACAAAAAAUAUGGCUACAACUUAACUAUACCAACAUACCCAUUUGUGACCGUGGAAUCCAAAUUUCCUACAAACUGUACAUGGGAGUUCACAGAUUGGUUGGAGCAACAAACAAGGCGCACUGAUCGUCGGCCGAGAGCGUAUAUUCCAGACGGAGAGCAACGGGAUUACUUGAUGAAUAAAUACAGUGGGCUAUCAUAUAAAUAUGUCGAUGAAAGAAAAAAAAUUGAAUAUGACUUAUAAAAGUUGGGAUAACAUUGCAGAUAUCGUGACCUGGCACGCAAGAGACGUGCUCAGACUGGUGGAUGACAUGUCUGGAAUUUCCAUGCAUUACGCCAUGAAGAGAUAUUAUCUAUCUGGAAAGCGAGGGCUUGUUCUAGGAAGUGAUCACCCAAUCGUAGAAGUUCAAGCUAUACAAAAUGGUGCUUCUCGAAUAUUAUCCAUUGGACAGGUUGCUAGAGAAACAGAAGACAUUUCUACUUCAAGUCUCACAGACUUUGCUAAAAAUUUCAAAAAAUUUACGAAUGCUUUUGAUUUUGUCGCAAGCUACGGGGUCAUCGAGACAGUUGGUUUGGGAAAAUUUGGAGAUGUUCUGGACGCGUUUGGAGAUCUUCAAAUGAUGGCAAUGUUGGGAUGUUCAUUGAAAAAAGGAGGAUUGUUCUUUCUUGGAAUCCCAAUUGGAAGAGAUGCUUUAAUUUUCAAUCAGAAAAGAAUUUACGGGCAUGCGAGGUUACCCAUGUUGAUUGCAGGAUUCGAAUGGAUUGACACGUUUUCGGAAGACAGUGAGGCAUCUAUUGAAAUAACGGGACGAGAAAUCGAUAAGUUCCACAAAUUUGAGCAUUUCCGAAGAACUUUGGUUUUACGCAAACUUUAAUU